CUAAAUUUAAAUUUGACUAUGUCUGAUUUUUACCUUUUGGAUACAUAUGGAGGAUAUAAAGCUAUUGCGAUUCAUCCCGACCUUGAAGUAGUCGCUUAUGAUGCUGGCUGCAUGAUAAUAGUGUGGAAUUUGAAGACAGACUCUAAAAUAUGCUUACAGAAAUAACCAACAUGAGGUCAUCCACAUCCAGUUUAUUCAGACUCGUGACAGAUUUAUUGAAAUGCUGUAUAGCAUUGAUAAAAGCGGAGUUGGUUGACUCUGGGAUCUUGACAGUGGUCUUUGUGUUCAAGAAAUUGUUGAUAGGACCAGCCCACUUACCCAAGUAAUGUCCAGUUCCAACAACCAAGGCUAUUACUGCUUUGCAGAAAGAGACGAAGAUGGAUCUUCUUAUAAGCUUUCCAUCUGGACUAUUGAGAGAGGACUUCUUGCGCUCAAAGCAAAAUCAGAGGAAUUUACGGAUGAAGACCUGAAAGCGAUUUGAACUAUUCCCAAUUUUGACAAACCAGGGUACAGAGAUGAUGCAGAAUAUGGCUGAAAGCCCACAACUAGCUUUAAAUUCACAACUAUUGAGGAGAAAUGAGUAAAAUUAUGGACUUUUGAGGAUGACUUAAUAACCACAUAUAAGAAGAUCAACGUCAAACAAAGCUUGGUAGAUGCAAUCACCUCUGAUAUCAUCGGCUUCAUUAUUAUCUUAAGUUCUAAUGGAAAUCUAUUGAUACUGGAUUCAGAUGGAAAGUACGUCAGCUCGCUUGAAAGAGAGUACCUUGGAUUUACCUCAAUCAGUUGUGCACAAGAAAGCCUAUACUUGGGAACCGGAAAUGGAACAGUUCAUACCUAUAAUGUGUCCACUCUUAUAGGCUCUAGCUCUAAGAAAAUUACCAACUCCAAUCUUCUUAGGCCAUUUGAUAGAAGAACUAAGGAUCAAGAAGAUAUUGAAUCACUAUUUGCUCAAAGAGUUGAGAAAAUCUGUAGCUCAAGAAAUGGAAAAAGAGUCCUUAUUAGCUUUGAAAAUAAGAAUUUUUAUGUGUAUAAUACAAGGAAAGAAGCAAUAGAUGGAAUGUUCUUGUCUCAACAUGCUGAAGAGAUAAAAGCAAUUGAGUGGGUGAGCCAAUCAGGCAAGUCCUUAGUCACUGUUUCUGAUAAAUUAUGCCUCACUAAGACUAAAAUUGCAGAUUCUGGGGUCUGGUCUUCGAAGAGUAUUGAUAUUUCUGAAGGUUUAAGCAAUAAAUUGAUCCAAGAUAGAUCUAAGCCAUCAAUUCAUGAUAAAGUUGCACUAACAUGUGUCUGUAAUAAUCCAAUCAGGCAAAGUCAGAUCUUUUGCGGAGAUAAUCAAGGCUUUGUUCACAUUGUAGAAAUAAAUCGUGCAGAAAAGCUGCAUACUUAUAAUGUAUCCGAUACUUCAAUUAAUUCUAUUACCAGUAACGGUUACUACAUCCUGCUUGUCUUUAUUGACGGCUCUUGUUCAGUUUUCGACACAGCAUUGGAGUUCCUCUCAAGCAUUGAAAAGCCAUUUAAGAAAGACAUUUCCAGUUUAUCAAGAGAGACUAAAAUUAGUCUUAAAGCAAGAAUUUUAGACAAUUCUAGUAACACGAUGGCUCAGGCAGGAAGAAUGAAUCAGGGGCUAAACAAUGCACAUAAUUUUAGGAUCAUCUCCCUUCACUCGCCUAGCAGCUUGAGGCUUCAGUCCUUCGAUGCUGAGUAUAAGACCAAGCUAUUCCAAUGCUCUUAUGAGCUGGAAGGGCUAGUUGCAGGAUUUGAGAUCCACCCAAGUAACGAGUAUCUGAUUGCUCUAUCAGAUCAAGGCUUUUUCUAUAUUUUUAAACUUGAAACUGGGGAGCUGAGAGGAAAGGUACCUACAAUGUCUGAUCCUCUCGGUAUUGCUAUCGAUCCAUCAGGGCUUUAUCUUGCUCUUUCAGUCAAGAACAACUCUAUUGAUCAAGACUCACAAGUUAGGAGAAAAUGGAUGUUAAAAACAGAGGAAUACAACUCAUUUAGAGGCUCAAGGACUAGAAUUUUGUUCUAUGAAGUAGGAACAGGACAUCUCGCGUCAGAGAUCAGCUGAUUAUUUGAAAUUUCUUCAUUCACUUUCUCUCCAAAUGGAAAGUUUUUUGUAGCUGGUUCAUUACAUGGGUGAGUCAGUAUUUGGGCGAUUGGAGAGAGGCUCCAAAGCACAAUGGCUAUGACUCCUGACAUCUGGUCAUCAUAUCCGUUAUAUAUCAAGAAUGAAUAUAUUCAUGAAAUAGAGGAAGCAAAUGAAGAGAUUCGGAUAAAUAAUCUCAACAAACAUAUGAAUAAACAGCCGAUCCAGACUGUUGUGCACCAUGUCCAGGAGCCUAGAAGAUUCGAGAGAGGGUUCGAUCACCCACACCCAAGAGCAGUUCAUAGAACACAAGCUCCACAUGCUACAGAGCAUGGAGGAAUAGGAAAUGACCACCAAAAGCUCUUAAGAGAAAGAGAAAUGAAAUUUUUAAGAGAAGGACAUGAAGACACGGGAAGAAAGAUUGAAGUAUUCCAUAGAAGACCUCAAGAGAAUUUUAGAACAGUUGAAACCCCCGUUGUUGAGAGACCACAGCCAGAGAUUGUUACUAAGAAUAAGCCAAAGGAGGAGAUCAAGGAAGUAGCUUUUGCCGAACCUAAGAGAAUCCUCACAAAGCAGAUUAGCCCAAGAGGGUCAGAAAGUUUAGUUCCUCCUGAAUCUGCAUAUUUUAGGGUUGAUGAACCUACUGUCCAAGAAGAGAAAUUGGAAGAGGUUUGAUUUUCUCCUACCUCUCAAGGCUCUAAGAAGCCUGAAGUUGGAGAUUCAUUUGAAGCUAGAGCAAGAGAUUCCAGAGCAUUUGAAAAUAAAAACACUCCAGAAUUAUUAGAGAAAGAUUCAAAGACUUCAAGAUGGGAUGAAUACAAGGACAAUUCAAAGUCGCCUACAAGAAGAACAGAAGAUAGAAGUCCUUAUAGCUACCCUAAAAUAGUUCAUCAAAUGCCAGUUGCUGAGUCUCCAUUCGGUCCUCUUGCAGGGUAUCCUCAGAGUAUGGUAUACCAGGGGCCAGAUGGAAGAUAUAUCCCGUAUCAGCACCCAAUCCAAGUGAUGCCUGUGAGAGAUCAAGAUAGCGAGACCAGGUCGGAUAUAACUCCUCCAUAUGAAAGAGAAAGAAAAGAUAACUCAAUUGUUGUGGACAGAAGUGAUGAUGACAGAGAUUUUGAUAGUGCUCAAAGAAGACCAAGAGUUGUCCAACAUAUUCAAAGAAGAGAAGAGCCUAAGAGAAUUUUAAUGGAUAGAGCGGAAAGUCCAACCUAUGUUAUUGAAAAUCCGUCUAAGCAUAUUAUUCCACCGUACAGAAAAACUAACGAUGCUGCUAUAGAUCCUCCGAGAUCAAAUUUGAUGGAUUUAUAUAAAAGAAGAGAACAAGUCAAUCAGCCUAUUUCUGCUUCUCCAAUGACGAUCACCUCACCAGAGAAAGCAAAGGCUCAAGAUGCUAAAGUUUCCACUAAUAUUCUUGGAAGACCAAGAGAAGUUCAGAGAUUGCCUGAAAUGGUAUCUCCAGUACCAAGAAAUAUCAUAGAAGACGACAAGGAAAUCAGACCUGACCCUGUCGAUAUUGAUGAUGACAUUGACGAAGCCAAAGCCCAUGAAGAGAUUGGAGAUCCUGAAGUACUUCAGAAAGCAUUCAUCUCUGGAUUUAGGCAGCCAGAUACGAAACCAAUGUCUCUUCAAAGAUUUAGAAGAGAGUUUUGAGACGAUCAAGCUCAUGAAAACUCCUAUCCACAAGACAUAGACAAAGUUUCUGAUAGCAACUAUUCCAUAGUAGAACAAGCUUACAAAGAUAUGGAUGACUUUGAUGUCAGAGUGGACCAGCAUCUGAUGGAUAAGGCUCAGCCCAGAAGAGUUGCAGACCCUCGCUCCUUUAGGCACAAGCAAAAUGAACAAUACCCAAAUAGGCAAAGGCAUUUAAUAAGAUACUAGUUUAUUUUCCACAGGUUUAGACAAA